CAUGCCCCGCGCCGCCGCCGCUGCCGCCGCCGCCGCCGCCGCGCCGCGGUUUGAGGGCGGGAGGCUGGGGGAGGGUAGCGGAGCCGGCGCGGCCGCCAUGUUGGUUCUGAGGCGGCUGCUGUGAGGCGCCGGCGGAGCGAGCGAGCGGGCGGGCGGGCGGAGCGGCGAGCGCGGCGCGGGAUCUGCCUGAGUGCGAGCGGCGGGCGACGGCGCCAUGAGCGGGGGCACCCCUUACAUCGGCAGCAAGAUCAGCCUCAUCUCCAAGGCGGAGAUCCGCUACGAGGGCAUCCUCUACACCAUCGACACCGAGAACUCCACGGUAGCCCUCGCCAAAGUUCGAUCCUUCGGUACAGAAGACAGACCAACUGAUCGUCCAAUUCCGCCUCGAGAUGAAGUCUUUGAAUAUAUUAUAUUCCGGGGGAGUGAUAUCAAAGACCUCACUGUUUGUGAGCCACCGAAACCACAAUGUUCCUUGCCUCAAGACCCAGCUAUUGUUCAGUCUUCACUAGGUUCAUCUUCUUCUUCAUUCCAGUCAGUGAGUUCCUAUGGACCUUUUGGCAGGAUGCCAGCGUACAGUCAGUUCAGCCCAAGUUCAUUAGUUGGGCAGCAGUUUGGCGCCGUUGGUGUUGCUGGGAGCUCCUUGACAUCCUUCGGAACAGAAGCAUCAAACAGUGGUACUUUAUCCCAGAGCAGUGCAGUUGGUUCUGCCUUCACACAGGAUACAAGAUCUGUCAAACCACAGCUAGCCCAAGGUCGAUCAAGCCCUCAGUUAGACCCUUUGAGAAAAAGUCCAACCAUGGAACAAGCAGUACAGACCGCCUCGGCCCACUUACCUGCUCCAGCACCUGUUGGGAGAAGGAGCCCUGUACCAGCCAGGCCUUUGCCACCUACCAGCCAGAAAGCAAUAGACAACCAAGAGCACAGGCGAGCUGAAGUACACAAAGUCCCCAGGCCAGAAAACGAGCAACUCAGAAAUGAUAGCAAGAGGCAAGUAGUUCCAGGUGCUCCUCCUGCUCCCAGGAGAGGACGGGGAGGCCAUCGAGGUGGCAGGGGAAGGUUUGGUAUCCGCCGAGACGGUCCAAUGAAAUUUGAGAAAGACUUUGACUUUGAAAGUGCAAAUGCACAAUUUAACAAGGAGGAGAUCGACAGAGAGUUUCAUAAUAAACUUAAAUUAAAAGAAGAUAAACUUGAGAAACAGGAGAAACCUAUAAAUGGUGAAGAUAAAGGAGACUCUGGAAUUGAUACUCAAAACAGUGAAGGGAAUGCUGAUGAAGAAGAUCCGCUUGGGCCCAACUGCUAUUAUGACAAAACUAAAUCCUUCUUUGAUAAUAUUUCUUGUGAUGAUAACAGAGAGAGGAGACCAACUUGGGCCGAAGAAAGAAGAUUAAAUGCUGAAACGUUUGGAAUCCCACUUCGUCCAAACCGUGGCCGUGGGGGCUACCGCGGCAGAGGAGGCCUUGGCUUCCGUGGUGCGAGAGGACGCAGUAGCGGACGAGGAGGGACCUUCACUGCCCCCCGGGGGUUUCGUGGUGGAUUCCGAGGCGGUCGUGGGGGUAGGGAGUUUGCCGAUUUUGAAUAUAGGAAAGACAACAAAGUUGCUGCAUAGUCUACAAACAAGCCUUUGAAAAUGGGUGACUCCCAGCUUUCAUGGUCCUGGAAAGCGCUUUCAGUCUUUGUGAAGAAUGAAGAAGAGAAGUUGCUGUCUGUCUGUCACCAGCACUGGGUUCUGUCUGUUCGUUUUUCUGCUUCAUUUCAAAGCUGCAUUGCAGUUGCUUUGGGGCAGGAAGGCUCGUCUUAAAACACAAGUAUAAGUGUAUGUGGAGUAGCGGAGGCUGUGAUUCCUGGCGUAGAGAUGAACUAAAGUCUGCGAAAUGGAACUGCUAAGUAUUUUUUCAUCAUUGAAAGGAGUUUUCUUAUCACUAAUUGUAUUCAGCGAUUACUUCGAGUUGCCUGCAGAUAGGCCGUGAUACUGUGUUUUGAGCCACAGAAGGUUGUGUAUGUGCGCAUGUGUGUGUAUGUAUGUGUGCGUGCAUGUGCGCGUGUCUGUAUCUUUCUUUUUGAAGAUCCUAUAAUAUGAGGUAGUUUAUUUCGACACUUAAUUAGGGUGCUGGACGGUAGAGAAUUUUGUCAGUCAACUAUGUACACACAGGUAAAUACUGUUUCUUAGGCAAAGGUAACUUUUUUAUAUAGUUGUAAAAUUCCAUUAUAUUCCAUUGCCAAAGAAACAUUAAGAACUUUGUAUAGCUGUAUAAAAAGCAACUAAUUUUUUAAAGAAUAAACGUUUUAAAGUCGGCAAACACACGUGUCCGUGCAGAAGUUGGGAUGCUGAGGAGCAGGCUGUGGGUGGGUCUUUGCCCCCUUGCUUUCCAGGCUUACAGCUUUUGGUUUCUUUUUUAAUGUUUGGAACACACAUGAAGAUUUGAUAACUUUAUUCCAUUAUCUAAAAAGGAUAAAUUAUUCAUGCAUACUGUAUGGACGGACUUCAUUUUGUAGCAAAUCACAGGAUUUGUUCAAAUAACAGAUAUUUUCAGUGAAUGAAUGUAAAUAAUCAUAGAUGAGAAUGUACCUCGCUGUAUUUUCAAAUAAAUAACUUUCCCCCUUUUUAAGACAUUAAAACUAGGCACCAAUUGACCUGUUCCUCCUGCUAUGCCUGGAAUCCUGUUGCGAUGACACUGACUCCUGUCUACUUCAGGAAGAUGUUUUCAGAACCAGCUGGCGCCUGUCAACAUCACUAACAGUCUGUGGAGUGGCCCACUUGCGGCCCCGUGUGCACUGUUGUUGCUAACUGUAAAUUACUAAUAAAUCUUUUUUGAUAUUUAAGCUAUAGCAAAAAAAUAUCUGGCCACUUUGUGUUUUUAAUAAAGGCCAUGGAAUAAAGGGAUCCAAAGAUUUAAA